AUGGCUUCUCGUCUCGCAAGGAGCGCCUUUGGCGCUGCCCGCCUCCGCCCGACCGUCCCCGUCCGCAGCCUUCCCGCCAUCGCGACUCCAUUCUCUCCCUCGCGCGCGGCGUCCAAUGUCCCCGAGGACCCCAAGAAGAAGGCCCAGUCGAUCAUCGACUCCCUGCCCGGCAGCAGCCUUGUUUCCAAGGCUGCCAUUCUUUCCGCCGGUGCUGGUCUGUCCGCGGCCGCCAUCAGCAAUGAGCUCUACGUCGUGAACGAGGAGUCCGUUGUCAUGUUCUCCCUGCUCACCGUUUUCUGGGCUGUCGGCACCUACGGUGGCCCCAUGUACCGCGAGUGGGCCGAGGGCCAGAACAACAAGAUCAAGGGCAUCUUGAACUCUGCGCGCAAGGAGCACACCGAGGCCGUCCAGCAGCGCAUUGAGAACGUCAAGGACCUUGGCGGUGUCAUUGACAUCACCAAGAACCUUUUCGAGGUUUCCAAGGAAACCGCCAAGCUCGAGGCCCAGGCCUACGAGAUGGAGCAGAAGACUGCUCUUGCCGCCGAGGCCAAGACCGUUCUGGACUCCUGGGUCCGCUACGAGGGCCAGGUCAAGCAGAGGCAGCAGAGGGAGCUGGCUGAGUCCGUCAUUGCCAAGAUCGAGAAGGAGCUCGAGAACCCCAAGACCCUCAAGCAGAUCCUUGACCAGAGCGUUGCUGACGUUGAGAGGAUCGUCUCCCAGAAGGCGUAAAUAUCAAUUGGAAUACCGCAUUCCCCCUCCCGCCUGUUACAUAGAUCCAGUGCUAUAUAGUCAUACCGUACGAACGAAGUGCAGUGUGACAGUAUCGCAUGUCUCGGCUUUCCGAAAAUCCAAUUUCCACGGUUAAUUGACUUAUUGAUUGAGCACCUAGCGACGCGCCGAAGAUGGUACGUCAUUGAGUGUAGCGAUUGUGUCCUGCCAUCUUAGCGCGUUUGCGCUUGAGUUAAGAGAUUUUUCUCGUUGGGCGAAGAUUCCUCGAGUCAGGGUGCGUGCAUUUGCGAACUCCAUGCAAAAAGGUAGUAUCGUUCAUUUGGCCAAUUAUGAUCAGUUCACUUUGCUUCUAAUCUCUACAUAGCAUACAUGGCGAUACAAGCACCCGAGAUCGCCGGGUGUCUCCUAAUCUAACACAUUCUU